UGGUGGGGAAAGGGAUAAAGGAUCCUUAAACCUAACCAGCGCACGUGGAAAUUGGGAUGCUGGAGCCCUAAGGGAUAUGCGGCUCUUUCGUACGUCGGUACGGUAGGACACACACAAGCGCAAGCGCUGCGACGGAGCGAGCGAGCAUGGGAAAUGGGGGUUUUGCGCCCCGGCGCCACGCCAAUCCUCGGCAUUCUCACCUCUCUCUCGGCGCGAUAAUCCGGCGGCGCAGCUCCGAUAUUUUGAUCUAGUUCUUGCGCGAUCGGCAUGGGUGUGGCGCUCGCGCCGCACAAGAAUCCGCAGCAGCAGCAGCAGCAGCAUCCAGCGCCGGCGGAGCCGCAGCAAGACUGCGCGAGGCUUGCAUGCUGUCGCCGCCCCUCCUCGAUCCCUUCCUCGUCCUCCAAGGAGAACAGCCGGCCGAAUCAGGAGCUCGAGCGCAGCGCCAGGGCUCCCCAAUCUUCGGCGUCGUCGUCGCCCGCGGCGGCGGCGAUGCCGGUCACGGCGAUCAAGAAUCACAAAAAGAAGAAGAAGAAAAAGCCGCAGCAUGCAACAGUGGCGCCGCCGGCUGGAUCGUCGUCACCGCCAGCGUCAUCCUCGUCGUGGAUCGAAGAGGAGGAAUUCGUGUCUCUGCUCAAGGCCCAGGAUUUGCAGCCCACCGUGGAGGCGCUUCGCUGCUCCUGCGCCGCGAGCUCGCAGCACCAGGAUCUGGCCGAGAUCGACAAGGUUCUCGAGGUAGUGGCGCCGAAAGUCUUGUCCACUUCGUGCGCUAGGAAUCCACCACCUUGCGUGUGCCGGCUCAAGAACCCGGGGCGUUUGCGGAAGCUCUCGCUCCAAUCCGUGUGGGACUGGUUCGAGGAGCCCAGCAUCUGUGGGAUCCAGGUGAAAUCGUGCGGAGAAGGCGACGAUCGCUUCGAUGCUUACCUGGUGCCUUACAUCUCCGCCAUCCGGCUGUUUGGGAACCGAUCCGACGAGACCGUGCCGCUUCUCUUCGAGUUUUACGAGACCGAGCAGCUCACGCUCCGGCUUCCACUCCACCACAGAAUCCAGGAACUUCUCAAGGAAAAUCCCAGCUCUUGCAUCAUCAAUGGCGACCCUACACUUCUCGAGCGGUGCUCGUUGCGGAGCCUUCAUCCAUCAUCUUGGUUUGCCGUUGCAUGGUAUCCAAUCUACAAGGUUCCAGAGGGCCAGUUCCGCUGUGUCUUUCUAACGUACCAUUCCCUGGGUCACGUCCAAGCAAGUGGAUCCCUUCCGGUUCUUGGCCUCCAAACUUACCACUGCCAGGUCGAGCAAUGGUUCACUCUCAAACAAGGGAACGAAGAUUGCUCCGAGACGCUAAAGCAACGAUUGACAAGCCUUGAUCGUGCUGCUCUAGUCAUGUCGAGAGGAUCGGACCCCGUGUCUCAAAAGUUCCAGCACUCGGACUACGAGUUUUUUACAAGCCGAAAGUACUGACUCCCCUCCUGUAUCCUAAGCUUACAGACACUCGCACACGUCAGUGUGUCCAAAUUUUGAUCGCUUUAUAAAACUGGAAGUUACCUCCGUCCACCAACACAA